UGGAUGGACAGAUAGAGAGAGAGAGAGUCAAAGGGUGAGAGUUGGUAUCCUUUACGCACAUUACGCACAGAUCCGUGCGUCCUGGCGCAUUCAGCUCCAGAGUUUGGAAGAAGGCAGCAGAGUGGAACUUUAGUAGCUAAAUGUUUAAUUUGAAGCCACGUUUGUUUGUGUCUGCUCUGAAGAGUUUGAACUAAAUGCUGCGCUGCUGCAUGGACAUCCAGCAGCUUUUGGGGCAGGUAUUUAUCUCACGGUAACCGUUUGUCUCUUGGUGCGUCACUGACUCUUCGGACGGGAUAAAUCGACUUCCUGUAGGACAUGUCGGGACAGAAACCAUCGCUGAGGAGCGGCGGACGCUUCCAGGUGGAUGUGGUGACAGAAGCAUCAUCUACAACCUCGGCUACGGCACCUCCUGCCCCGGCCUCCACGGAAGAAUCCAAACCGCCUGAGGAGUCUAAAACCCGGUCCCGGUCGGUGGGGUUCAUGGAUCCGGGUCUCGGCAGCGCGAUGGACAUCGGUCUCCCGCCUGAUGUCUUCAAAGAGCCGGACACGACGAGGAGCGACUCGGUCAGCCUCCACUCAACGGGCACGGGACACACACACAUCUCAGACUCCCACUCCAACACGUACUACAUGAGGACCUUCGGACACAAUACCAUCGACGCCGUGCCAAACAUCGACUUCUACCGGCAGACCGCCGCGCCGUUUGGAGAGAAGCUGAGCAGACCGUCCCUGUCCGAGCUGCACGAUGAACUCGACAAAGAGCCGUUUGAGGAUGGCCUGGCCAAUGGAGAGGAGCCAUCAGCAGCCGAGGAGGCGGCGGCGGCGUUGGCUGCAAAGCAGGCGAAAGGAGGACUGGUGAAGUUCGGUUGGGUCAAAGGAGUCUUGAUCCGUUGCAUGCUGAACAUCUGGGGAGUGAUGCUCUUCAUCAGAAUGUCCUGGAUUGUCGGACAAGCUGGAAUCGGACUGACCAUCGCCAUCAUCCUGAUGGCCACAGUGGUCACCACCAUCACUGGUCUGUCUACUUCUGCCAUAGCAACCAACGGCUUCGUACGAGGAGGCGGAGCGUACUACCUGAUCUCCAGGAGCCUGGGGCCGGAGUUCGGAGGCUCCAUUGGUCUCAUCUUUGCCUUCGCCAACGCCGUGGCUGUGGCGAUGUACGUGGUGGGCUUUGCGGAGACGGUCGUAGAGAUGCUUAGUGAUGUGGACGCUCUGAUGACGGAUGAGCUGAACGACAUUCGUAUCGUCGGGACUCUGACCGUCAUCCUGCUGCUGGGGAUCUCUGUGGCUGGGAUGGAGUGGGAGGCUAAGGCUCAGAUCGUCCUCCUGGUGAUCCUGCUGGCAGCCAUCGCUAACUACUUCAUAGGAAGCUUCAUGGCGAUAGAAAGCAAGGAGCCUAAAGGAUUCUUCGGCUACAACACCGCCAUCUUCUUAGAGAACCUGGGUCCAGACUUCAGAGAAGAUGAGACUUUCUUUUCGGUGUUUGCCAUUUUCUUUCCUGCAGCCACCGGGAUCCUGGCUGGAGCUAACAUCUCAGGAGACCUCACUGAUCCACAGUCAGCGAUCCCUAAAGGAACACUGCUGGCCAUCCUCAUCACUGGAAUCACGUACGUGGCCGUCGCCAUCUCUGCAGGCUCCUGCAUCGUCAGGGACGCCACCGGCGACCACAACGACACGGUGAGCGACACGGUCAACUGUACGGACGCCGCCUGCACACUGGGCUACGACUUCUCCAUCUGCAAGGAGGGAGGCUGUCAGUACGGCCUGAUGAACGACUUCCAGGUGAUGAGUCUGGUGUCCGGCUUCGGUCCUCUGAUCUCUGCUGGGAUCUUUUCAGCCACUUUGUCCUCAGCGUUGGCCUCGCUGGUCAGCGCGCCGAAAGUCUUCCAGGCUCUGUGCAAAGACAACAUCUAUCCAGGACUGGGCGUGUUUGCGAAAGGUUACGGGAAGAACAACGAGCCUCUCCGUGCGUACGUCCUGACCUUCUUCAUUGGACUCGCCUUCAUCCUCAUCGCCGAGUUGAACAUCAUCGCUCCGAUCAUCUCCAACUUCUUCCUCGCUUCGUACGCUCUCAUCAACUUCUCCGUCUUCCACUCCUCUUUGGCCAACUCUCCAGGGUGGCGUCCCAGCUUCAAGUACUACAACAUGUGGGUGUCUCUGGCGGGGGCGAUCCUGUGCGUCGUGGUCAUGUUUGUCAUUAACUGGUGGGCGGCGCUGGUCACUCUGCUCAUCGUCCUCGCUCUCUACAUCUACGUGAGCUACAAGAAACCUGAUGUGAACUGGGGCUCGUCCACUCAGGCUCUGAUCUACAACCAGGCUCUGACUCACUGUCUGAACCUCACCGGGGUCGAGGACCACGUUAAAAACUUCAGGCCGCAGUGUUUGGUCCUGGUCGGUUAUCCAAACUCCCGUCCUGCUCUGGUUCAGCUCGUUCAUUCCUUCACGAAGAACGUGGGCCUGAUGGUGUGCGCUCACGUCAGGACCUUGACCCGUCGGCCCAACUUUAAGGAGCUGUCUCAGGAUCAUGCCCGCUGUCAGCGCUGGCUGAAUAAAAAACGCAUCAAGUCCUUUUACACUCCGGUCUACACGGACAGUCUGAGGCACGGCGCGCAGUUCCUCAUGCAGGCGGUGGGUUUGGGUCGUCUGAAGCCCAACACGCUGGUCAUGGGUUACAAGAACAACUGGAGCGAAGGAGACAUGAGAGAUUUAGAGAUUUACAUCCACACCAUACACGACGCCUUCGACCUGCAGUACGGCGUGGUGAUUCUCAGGCUGCAGGAUGGACUCGAUAUCUCUCACAUCCAGGGACAAGAUGAGCUGAUGUCUUCAAACGAGAAACCUCCAGCUGGCAGUAAGGAGGCGGAGCUUACUGUUACCGUCACUAAAGAGUCGGACUCUGACUCCUGUCCUUCAAAGACCACCAGCAGCCAGAGCAGCCCGCUCAUCCUGAGAGAGACAAAGAUCCCUCUGAGUCUGACCGACCAGCGUCUGCUGGAGACGAGUCAGCAGUUCAAGAAAAAACAGGGCAAAGGAACCAUCGACGUCUGGUGGCUGUUUGACGACGGAGGUCUGACUCUGCUGAUUCCCUUCCUGCUGACCAACAGAAGUAAAUGGGGCGACUGCAGGAUCCGCGUCUUCAUCGGAGGGAAGAUCAACCGCAUCGACCACGACCGCCGAGCGAUGGCCACGCUGCUCAGCAGGUUCAGGAUCGACUUCUCAGACAUCCACGUCCUCGGAGACAUCAACACCAAACCCAAGAAACACAACAAGCUGACGUUUAAGGAGCUGAUCGAGCCGUACCGGCUGAAGGAGGACGACAUGGAACAGGAGGCGGCAGAGAGGCUGAAGGCUCAGGAGCCGUGGAGGAUCACUGACAACGAGCUGGAGCUGUACAGGGCCAAGACGAACCGACAGAUCCGCCUGAACGAGCUGCUGAAGGAACACUCGAGCACGGCCAAACUCAUCGUGAUGAGCAUGCCUCUGGCCAGGAAGGGCACGGUGUCCAGCGCUCUCUACAUGUGUUGGCUGGAGACUCUGUCCAAAGACCUCCCCCCCCUGCUGCUGGUCCGAGGGAACCACCAGAGCGUCCUCACCUUCUACUCCUAACACACACACACACACACACACACACACACACACACACACACACACACACUCACACACACACACACACACAGACACACACACACACACACACACACACACUCACACACACACACACACACUCACACACACACACACACACACACACACACACACACACACACACUCACACACACACACACACACACACACACACACACACACACACACACUCACACACACACACACACUCACACACACACACACACACACACUCACACACACACACACACACACACA